UUCAAAAGAUCACUAAUUUGUAGAAUACUUCACUGAAGUGGCAUGAACGUCCAUGUUUUUUUUUUUUUUUACCGUAGUGUGUUUCGUAAAAUUUAAACUUCUCAAGAACCUUACAAUGUAGAAUGCUUUAAAGUGAAUGUGUACUGGACCAAUCGUGAUAUUUUGUUUACAAACAAUAUUGCGAUCGGCAUGAAUUCUUCGACGACAGUAUUUUAACGCAAAGAAAAGAGAAAGUGACGAGAAUGAGCGUGGUGACCGCAGGCUCGCGGCAGGCGACGUGGGACGACGAGGGGGACGCCAACUGCUCGCUGGGGCCCGCGCCGGCGCGCCACCACGGCUGGGUGCUGCUGCAGGCGCCCGCGCCGUCCGCGCUGCGCUCGGAGCUGCGCUGGGGCUUCCUGCUGCACACGUACGCCUUCGCCUGCCUCUUCUUCCUGCUCGCCUUCUACGCCUUCUUCUCCAUCCUGAACCUCAGGUCGCUGAUCUCGAGCCGUCCCUUCAUGUCCACCAUCAACGGCUUCCUGUGCCUGCUGGGGGCGUCGCGGGCCGGCUGCCUCUUCAUCGACCCGUACGCGCUGAAGGAGACUCUGCCGCGCGUGCUGGGCUCCGUGCUGUGGGACGUGGGCUUCCCGUGCCUCACGUCCGCCUUCUGCCUGGUGCAGCUGACCUUCCUGCAGCUGACCCAGUCGGGGCCCUUGGCCAAGCACAAGCUGUGCGAGUUGUCCCACGGCGCCGCCAUCUUCGUUAUGUCCCCCUGGACGUACGCCGGCGACUACAUGCUGAAACUGGGGCCGGAGAAACUGCGCAAGAAGUCGUGCCUGUCGCUCAUCAUCACCGCUCACUUCAGCUUCGUCAUCGGCACGGACAUCGUGGUCGCCUUCCACGAGCAGUUGCUGGUGGUGAAGCACCUGGUGGAGACGGUGUUCCUGGCGUGGGGCGCGCUGCUGUGCUGUCUGUUCCUGUACGGCGGCUACCGCGUCAUGGCCCUGCUGCGCAGCAUGCCGGGCAGUCUGCUGCAGCGCCAGCCCGCCGAGGCACAGCACAAAGGCAUCAUGCAACUGGCCAUGCUCGCGCCGUACAAGAACCUGGCGGGCUCCGUGGCGGCCGCGUUCAUGCCCACCAUGCUCACGGCCCAGGCGCGCGGCGCGGGCGCGGGCGACCGCUCCUUCAGCUUCCGCAGCGAGCGUACCAGCCCCCCGCCCCAAGAGUGGAGCGCGCUGGCGGACGGCGCGGGCUGCAGCAGUCCGGGCGGGCCCCGCAGGCAGGGCAGCCCCGACCCCCGCCGCCGGCCCCCCCGGCUCGCCGCCGCGCCCCCCUCGCUGUCCCCGGGGGGCCGCCGCCCCAGCCGCCGCGACAGCGACACGGCCGCCCUGGCGGACAUCGCGGAGGACGAGGCGGGCAUCUCGCUGGUGUCACCCACCGCCUCCGGCCUGGCCGCCAAGCGCGCGCGCCGCCCCCCGCCGCCCGGCGCCGGCGAGCCCGACGAGGAGGGCGCCGAGGCGCGGCUGCUGCCCCGGGCCGCGCCCCACGCCGACGGCAAGUCCAGCGACCUCACCCUGCACUCGAUCCUGAACCACAUCGCGUACGUGAACAAGGCGGCCAUCGACUCGGGCGGGGAGGGGGGCGACCCGGACGCCAAGAGCCAGGUGCGCGCCGUGCUGAACGUCACCUACACCACGGCGGCCAUGGGCCUGCUGCUGUGUGUGGCCAACGGCGCGCGGCUGUACGGCCCGUACGGCAUGCUGGCGCGCUCCGUCGACGCCAGCGCCGGCCACUCGGGCGCGGACAGCGAGCUGCUGCCUGAGGAGCGGCCGCGGCCCUGGCCGUGGUUCCUGUUCCAGACGCUGUGCCGCGCGCUGGAGUUCGCCAUGGGCUGCGCCAUGGCCAACAUCACCAAGCAGCCGGUGCACGGGCGCCGCGCGCAGCAGUACGCCUACUCGCUGCGGCUCAAGCACCGCGAGUCCCUCUAUAUCUAAGUGCGCGCUUGUCCCGACACGCUCUCUUGGUGUCGCGCUUCAACCGCCGGCGACUGCAGUGGCACGGACGAGACCAGUGAAACUGUGUUUCCAGUCUUUGUUGAACCUGUUGGAGUGUUGCUCUGGAGAAACAAGAACAGUUCUGGCUAGCGUAGUUGUAUACAGGCACGGGCGUGAGGUAGUUUGACGAGGUCACCACGCCGGGAGGGUGACUACUAGCCCAGCUAUCAGAGAGAGAGAGAGAAGCAACCACACAAUAGUCAGCUACAAGUGCUUGUCAGACUGAUUUAAACACCUGCAAUAUCCUCGAGACGGACUUCCCAGAUGCUCGUUAGACCAAGAGGAACAGUUUUACAGCCCAGCGUAGCCAAUCAUAAAACUCUCAUAUGGGUCGGACUAAAUUUUUUUUACACCCAAAAAUUGACAUAAGAUGUGCAAUUCAUAUGCGGGUGAAUACGGCAACCGGCUGCUACCGCCAGAGGCAACGUAGCGCACUCUACAGGUUGUGUCCCAGUGUUCACACGUGUCAGCUCUUUGAGAGACAGUUCAGCCCAACACGAGAAGGAAACUCACUCAAUCUUCACCGUGGAAUCUCACGGGGUUCCCCCUUCCCCCUUCUUGUCCUCCUGUCGUUGACUCCAACACGAGGACCUUCCGCACGUACAAUCUUGAUGUCGCAUCUACUUCUACAAACAUGUGUACUCUGUAGUUUCUCUUGUUAAGUAAAUGUUUAGGUUUCAAUAGGGCCUCUUUUGUGUUACCAAAUCACAUAAGGAAAGAAUUACUAAAAGCAAGUAACCAAAAGAAAAGCAAAAGAAAUUAAAUUUUUCUACUUGUGAUGAUACCAUAUGUUGUUCCAUUUUAUAUAUAAAUGUGUAUUUUAAUAAUGGAUUUACCAAACUGUAGAAUAGCUUGUUAGCAUAGGAUGCAUUCAAAUGGCACUGAAUUCCACUGAAUGUUGCCCUGUGUUUUAGAGUACCAGGAACCAACGUGUUCGUUGUAACAAUGGCUGUGUCGACUGUACUUGUUAGAUUUAUGCUGCAAAUGUAGCGAUGGUGUUAUUUAUGUAUCAAUUAUAUUGUAUGACAUUCAUUGUAAUGUUGGGUUGUUUAAAUAUAUAGUGUUGCAUUAAAUGGUGGUGUGCUCCCAAAA